AGUGCUCUUUACUCAUCUGCGGUCACAACAAUACGGAUCAUUCACUAAUAGUUUAGUCCUUUGGGUUAAAUAUUUUAGAAAUUUAAAAGUCCUUCUAGGCAUAAAAUAUUUUAAUGGAUUUAUGAAUAUUGUUUUUUUAUGUUUUGUUAAGUUAAUGCAACAAAUAAAAAAGUGUAAAGGUUUUCAUGGCCGAUUUUUAGCGAAAAUACUCCAAAAUUGUCUGCUAUAGUUUUCCUAAUUGGCAUUGUAAAAGUUUGGCAGCACUAAUAGAUUGUUGAAAAUUUUCACUAUACGAACAAGUGAGCAAAACAAAAAGAGUUGACUUUAAUCUAAUUAUUUUUCAAAGAGAAUCAAGGAAUAAGUAGGCGGAGGUGGUAAAAAUUGUUUUCAGCCACCGAUUGCAACAGAAUCCAAAUAAUCAACCAAGUAGUCAAUUUAGAGGUUGGAACAUACAUUGCGACUAAAAUGGCGCUACCGGCCAAAGUUUUUACACUUUCGAGAAAUGGUCAACGAAUGUUUGGAACCAAUCUCCGCUUACGUGCAGCUGGGAAAGAUAUAGUAACUGUACCGAAGGGUUAUGUGUAUGUAAACAAUAAAGAGUUGAGCAUGGAAAUCAAUGAGAUCACUGACCGCGCAGCAACAACAAUGUUUUUAGGAGAACUUUUUCGAGGUUUUGCUGUGACUUUGGCCCACAUUUUUAAAGAACCAGCCACUAUUAACUAUCCCUUUGAAAAAGGCCCCUUAAGUCCACGUUUUCGUGGAGAGCAUGCUCUCCGUCGGUAUCCCAGUGGAGAGGAGCGUUGCAUUGCUUGUAAAUUGUGCGAAGCAAUAUGUCCAGCACAAGCUAUUACAAUUGAAGCAACAACUCGGUCUGAUGGUAGUAGGCGUACAACACGAUACGAUAUAGAUAUGACUAAAUGCAUCUAUUGCGGUUUUUGUCAGGAAGCUUGUCCUGUUGAUGCUAUUGUAGAGGGCCCCAACUUUGAAUUCUCAACUGAGACACAUGAAGAAUUAUUGUACAAUAAGGAGAAGCUGCUUUGCAAUGGAGAUAAAUGGGAAUCGGAGAUUGCAUCUAAUUUGCAAGCGGAUCACUUAUACCGAUAAAUUGUUUGAGUUAGAAAGGUUAAAGUUCUCAAAUUCGUUAAAUAUAUUAUACUUCAGUAUAGCUUGAAUAAAGGCUUUAAUUAACGCAAUUA